AGUUGAAUGUAAUACCCCGUAAAAUGGUUAUGCAAAUGAUACAAGUUCUUGUGUUCACCAUCUUGAUCAGCAUCAUCUCCUUGCUAUUCUCAUUGAUGGAAACAGCAGCAUCCAUGGCCAAGCCUGGUUGCCCUGAGACAUGUGGGAACGUCAGCAUCGUUUAUCCAUUUGGUAUUGGCAAAGGUUGUUACCUUGACAAACGUUUUGAGAUCACAUGCAGCAAUUCUAGUCUGCCUCAUCCUAUUUUCCAAAUGGACGAGGAAGAUGAAGCUGAAGUUCUGCUUAUAUCUCUGGAGUAUAUGAGAAUCAGAGAUUGGACUUCCCCUAUUUGUUAUGUGAAUUACACAUCAGAAGGGCAAAGUUAUGCCGAGUUCUCAUAUGCGCCGAUGGAGCCUUUCAGUUAUUCCCACACUGAAAAUAAGUUCAUUGGCAUUGGCUGUGACAUAUUUGCUUAUAUUGGUUAUUCCAAUACUACAAAUUCCAUCAACAGCAGCUACAUUAGCGGGUGUGUCUCCGUCUGCAAUGGCCAAGGCUGGUCUUGGCUUGAUACUAACUAUUCUUGCUCUGGCAUUGGUUGCUGCCAGACUACUUUUCCCGAGGAUCUUUCCAUCGUUGACAUACGGAUUGGUAACAUGAGCACCUGGCCUGACGGCCGGGACUGGCCCUCCAAUCAAUGUAGCCUUGUCCUCAUUGCUGAGAAUAACUUCUCUGAAUUCCACCAAUUUGACGUCUCUUUCUCCAAUGUAAACAAGAUGUACUUUUACCCUUCAGUAUUGAAUUGGGCAAUAGGAAACAAGUCUUGCCACGAAGCUCGAAAAAGAGGAGAUUAUGCAUGUGCCAGCAACAGUCGUUGUGUUAAUUCCAAGAAAGGCAGUGGAUAUACGUGUCAAUGCAACUCAGGCUACCGUGGGAAUCCCUACCUUCCAGAUGGCUGCGUAGAUGUUGAUGAGUGCAUGGAGCCAAACAAUACUCUUUGCAAGAAGGGAGCUUUUUGCAUUAACACAAAUGGUAGCUACUAUUGUAACUGCCCACGUGGUUACUUAUACAGAGAUGAUGACAAACAUGGAUAUGAGUGUGCACGCAACAAAGGAAAACUCAAGGCAGCCAUUCUUGUUUCUUCAGGAAUAGGAAUCGCUCUUGGUCUUAUCAUCCUACUUGUUAUUGGCUUUUGGUUGCAUCAAGAACUCGAGAAAAGAAAGAAAAACAAACUCAAGCAGAAGUUCUUCAAAAAGAAUGGUGGUCUUCUUUUGCAGCAGCAAAUCUCUUCAAGUAGUAUAGAAAGUGUUGAGAAAACAAAGCUCUAUACCAUAGAAGAGUUGGAGAAGGCAACCGACAAUUUCAAUGCAAGUCGAGUUCUUGGAAAGGGGGGUCAUGGUAAAGUAUACAAAGGGAUGCUAUUGGAUGGAAGCAUAGUGGCCAUUAAGAAGUCAAUUAUAGUAGAUGAACGGCAAGUAGUUGAGUUUGUCAAUGAAGUUUUCAUUCUUUCUCAGAUUAACCAUAGGCAUAUAGUGAAAUUGUUAGGUUGUUGUCUAGAGAGUGAAGUUCCUUUGCUGGUUUAUGAGAACGUCUCCAAUAGCACUCUAUCCCACCAUCUCCAUAAUCAGGAUCAUGCAUCAACAUUGUCUUGGGAAAAGCGCUUGCGAAUUGCAGAUGAAAUUGCAGGAGCCCUUGCUUAUUUACAUUCAUAUGCUUCUCCAGCUAUCCUUCAUAGGGAUAUCAAGUCUAGUAACAUACUGUUGGAUCAGAAUUUUAGGGCUGUGGUUUCUGACUUUGGACUUUCAAGGCCAAUAGCCAAUGAAAAAACUCACCUGACCACAUUAGUGCAAGGCACAUUUGGUUACUUGGAUCCAGAGUAUUUUCGGUCGGGUCAGUUUACAGACAAAAGUGAUGUAUAUGCAUUCGGGGUAGUUCUUGCUGAAAUUCUAACGGGUGAAAAGGUCAUUUCUUCAAGUAGACUUGAAGAGAGUCUAGCAAUUCAUUUUAGACUGGCAAUGAAACAGGAUUGCCUGCUUGAAAUUCUAGACAAGGUAAUCGUGGAUGAAGGUCCGAAAGUGGCAAUUCCUGCUGUUGCUAACCUUGCUAAAAGAUGCCUGAAGUUGAGUGGGAAGAAAAGGCCAACCAUGAGAGAAAUAGCAGCAGAACUUGACAAAUUAAGGACUAUGGAGAGUACAUUACUACAGCAGACUUCCCUGGACAACUACACUGGAAGCGGAAGGUCCUAUUCUUAUGCAUCUACUAGUGCAGUUACAGAAGAGUAUGUCCUUCAAGACCAGGAGUUUCCUAGACCAGAUAGCAUGACUGCUUAAAACACCAAUUUGAUAUCAUCAGGUCUAUGAAAUGAAUUUUGUGUAUAGUUCUGCUCUCCACUUUUAUCUAAUGGGUAGGAAAAUUCUCUAUAAUUGUAAGUCUAAAAUUUGUUCAAAGUUUUAGUCCUUAAUGUGUAAAAGAAGCAUUUGUCCAUUUGAUUUGAUGGGUUAAACAGAUAGUAGUAUAUUGUCAAUUUCUCCAUCUGUUUUCAUUUUUGGACUGAUAGUCACGUAUUGAACAUCCAUCCAUAUGUGUUACGAACUCUUGAUGUAUUUU